AUGGAUUUUGAUAAUGAUGCCGCUGCGAAUGUUUAUAUGUCGGUCGAAGAAGUUACAGAAAACCUUCUUCCUAAUGAUCAAGAUCCUUUGCGACUUGAUGAGAGGGUUGUUACUUCCUUGAAGUCCAUACCUGACCACUACAUAUUGAAGCGUUGGACUAAAGGAAUUCGUCCAUCCCUUGAUGCUUUAAAACCCAUCCGUAUUGGAGGUAUUCAAGAUACUACUUUUGCACAAAGAUAUCAACAAGUUUCUGGUGUUAUGCUUCAGAUUAUAACCCGUGUUUGCAUGGACCCUGAUGCGUUCCAAUUUUUUCUUAAUGCUGCAAUUGAAUUUGGGAAGCAAGCGGAAGAGUUGAUUGUUGCUAAAGGUGUUUCCGGUCAACCUUCAUCUUCCAGGUCUGCAUCUUGCAAAGAUACUAGUGUUUCUGAACCUCUUGUAGUUGAUUCUAGUGCACGAAAGUUCAAAAAGAGACCCAAUCCAAUCAGGUCUAAGAAACGGCUCAAAAGUGAUUAUGAGUUAGCUAGGGAGAGCCAAGAUUCAUCGCACGGCGGAAGAAACAAAAGAAAGAAGAAGAUGCUGCAAAAUUAG